AUGUACAACCCCGAGGCGACUUCUCUAUCGCGCAAGAGGACAGCCGACGCGGCAGUCAAGGACACCACCGUGUCGCCCGUGCGCGGCGGUCACUCCAGAAACACGAGUGCAGUCUCUUUAGCGUCGACGACGACAAGCACUAUUGGCGAUCUAUCGAGCGACCUCAAGACGCGUCUCUCGUACGCCAUGGUGAAGUUGAAUCACGGCUGGCAGUCACAUUCUAUCGACGAGGUCGAGUCGAUGGCUUCACAAGCCGCUUCACCCACAUCCAGUCAUUCGACACUGCACGGCCGCUACGAGAACUCGGCUAGCCCUCGAACCGCCAUGCUGGCUGCAGCCCGAAGUGGUCCUCACAGCGCGACGACGAGCAGCUCCAACCCGAGUCCGGCGGCAUACGAUACGUUUUGGAGGGAUGGCGCGCAGCCUCUAUCUCGUCGUGGUCACAACUCUGCGUCACCGCCAGGCGCCGUACAGCCAGUUCUGAGCCUAGCACCUCCAGCCUCUAUCCAGCCUUCACGAUCGACAGCCGCCCACAACCCGCGUCAGCUCGCUGCAGGGAACCCCAUUACAACGCGUGGGUCGGACGCCCUGGCCGACCCCAUUCUGUUUUCGCCCCACCAGAAUGUGCGAGAGCAGGACGCUAUCGAAACGCUGCUCUUCAUGAGCAGCCCCGGCAACUCUACCAACAUGAAGCACGGCUACGCACCUGCAAUAUCAUCGUCACAGCCGCUUCCAGGCACACGCCACGCCCUGCCAACGUCGCAGCCCCGAAAGAGCCUACCCAGCCACAGGCCACAGCCGCCUCCCAAGCGUGUUGGCUUUGAGAAGAGCACGAGCAUGAUGGAAAUGGAUGUGGAUGCUGAUUCGCAGACGGGGACCCCUCGAACGGCCGUGCGGAGACGCGUGAACGGAGGAUUCGGUCAUCGGAGCCAACUGUCGCUGCCGGCGGGCUUGGGGAGCGGACACUCGCGACCGCGGCCAAAGCUGGCGGACGAAGACAUUGAGCGGAUGCUGGACCGCGUGGCGCAAGCUGAUAACGAUAGCUCGGACGACGAGGAGAUUCUACUGCCAAACAGACGUGAGGGGGAGAUUGUAGUAAAGAUCAGGAGAACACGGCUUUGUACGGCGGGCGGAUGUGGCAAGCUAUUUUGA